UUCUCAAUUAUUCGUUGCUAGAGACUCGUUCAGUGACAAUGAGAUUAUUGACUGUGAUCGCGUUUGUUUUUUGCGCUUUAAGCGCCAAGCCUCUGGAAACGGAAAGUGCCAAGAUUUUGGUCACUUUUCCAUUUCCGGGUCGAUCUCAGUAUAUAUUUAUGGAGAACUACUUGAAGGCCUUGGCCGCUAAGGGUCACCAGGUGACAGUGAUUAAUGCUUUUAAGAAUAAAAAAACGACAAAUAUGCGUUUCAUUGAGGCACCCAAAGUGCUUGAAUACGCCGAUGAAAUGAUGAGCCAACUGAAUGUGCCCAUAUUGUGGCAACAGCUUAACGCAAUGGAUAAAAUUUUAGCCCAAAUCUCCGAUAUCACAAUGGCAGAUGAGGGUGUGCAAAAACUUCUAAAUUCUGGCGAAACUUUUGACAUUGUUUUGGCUGAGAUGAUUCAAACGGAACAACUCUAUGGCUUUGCUGAGCAUUUCAAUGCCACUCUAAUUGGUUUCUCCAGUUUUGGAACAGAUCAGAAAAUUGAUUCACAUGCUGGCAAUAUAUCACCCAUAUCGUAUAACCCAUUGGUGACCUCUCCUCGUACCGAUAAGAUGAACUUUCUGGAACGCUUAGAGAAUCACUAUGAAACACUCGUCGAGGAAAUUCAUCGACAUUUCGUUCACCUGCCAAAUAGCCAGAAGAUGUACAAAAAAUAUUUCCCGAAUGCUAAGAAAACCAUGGAGGAAGUCAUGGAUAGCUUUUCGUUGAUUCUGCUGGGUCAGCACUUUACAUUGAGCCAUCCACGACCCUAUUUGCCCAAUAUGAUUGAGGUUGGUGGUAUGCAAAUUUCACACAAACCAAAACCACUGCCAGAGGAUAUUAAGGAGUUUAUUGAAAGUUCUCCGAAUGGUGUUAUUUACUUCUCGAUGGGCUCAAAUGUUAAGAGCAAAGAUCUGCCACAGGAAACUCGGGAUGUACUGUUGAAAACCUUUGCCAAACUGAAACAGCGUGUGUUGUGGAAAUUCGAAGACGAUGACAUGCCCGGGAAGCCUUCGAAUGUAUUGAUCAAGAAAUGGUAUCCACAGCCAGAUAUUCUAGCACAUCCCAAUGUCAAGUUAUUUAUCACCCAUGGUGGCCUGCUGAGCACCACAGAGAGUGUUUACUUUGGCAAACCGGUGUUGGGAUUGCCCUGUUUCUAUGAUCAGUACAUGAAUGUGAUGCGUGCUCAGCGAUUGGGAUUCGGUUUGGGAUUAGAUCUGAAUAAUCUAAAGCAAGAUGAGCUAGAGAAAUCCAUUAAUACUCUUCUCACCGAUUCAAGUUAUGCCAAAGCAUCUGCUGCAAUCUCGGAGAGGUAUCGUGAUCAGCCAGAAUCAGCUCUUGAUCGAGCUGUCUGGUGGACGGAAUACAUAAUCAGGCACAACGGUGCUCCUCAUCUGCGAGCCGCUUCCCGAGAUCUUAACUUCAUUCAAUUGCACAGUUUGGAUACAUUGGCUGUUCUCUUGGCCAUUCCUCUAUUAGUUUUCGUGGUUAUCGUUAAGUUAGCUUGUAAAUUACUGGGGGGCAAGAAAGCAAAGUGUCCACAUGCUGAUAAGGUCAAGAAACAGUAGAGGCAUUAUCUAUCUGUGUUGUUUGUUUACAGUCCUUAGUUCUUUAGUUGCGUUAUCAGGCUUAUCUAGUAAAAUUAUUGUUGAAAUUAAAUUUUUUAUUGCUUAAAA